AUGCGUGGCCAAGGCAGGGGGCACGCCCGCUGGCCCGCGCCUCUGCGCUCGCUGCUGCGCGCCUUAGGACCCCAGGACGCCGCCGCCGCCCAAGGCUUGGCGCAAGAUGAAAUGGACCAAACUCCCCCAGCACGCUCCGAGCCUCUGGUCUCAGGGAUUCGAACUCCCCCUGUGCGGAGGAACAGCAAGCUGGCCACACUGGGCAGGAUCUUCAAACCGUGGAAAUGGAGGAAAAAGAAAAACGAGAAGCUGAAGCAGACAACGUCAGCACUGGAGAAGAAGAUGGCUGGCAGGCAAGGCCGGGAGGAGCUCAUCAAGCAGGGGCUGCUAGAGAUGAUGGAACAAGAUUCCGAAAGUAAAGCAUGCAGCCCCAAUGAAGGCCCCCAACCUGCACAGAGUGAGCCAUCCACUGCCGAGCAGGAGACACCGACCUCGGAGGGUGUCCAGCCCGGAAGUCCCUUGGCCAGCGGGACAGACCAGGCCACCCAGGAUGAGCUUCUGCCUUCCGAUGCCCAUCCGGAUGACACAGCCAAGAUGCCAUCUGCGUCCAGUGCUGAAGAAGACGAUGCUGGCAGCCUCCUGCCCACCACUGAUGAGCUCUCUCAAGCCUUAGCUGGGUCUGACUCCCCAGACAGUCCCCCCAGACCCCUGGAGAGAUCUGCGAGCCAGCUCCCCAGCCCUCCACUGCUGCCCACCCCGCCACCCAAGGCCAGCUGUAAAGCCACAAAACCUGUCACAGGUCAAGCUGCGCUCUUCCAAGGCCCCAGCAUGAAGAGCAACGAGCCGGCACUCCGAGGACAGCUUGCCACCCCCACAGGGUCCCCUCAUCUUACCACUGUCCACCGGCCACUGCCCCCCAGUCGCGUGAUUGAGGAGCUACACAGGGCUUUGGCCACAAAGCACCGUCAGGACAGUUUUCAAGGACGGGAAUGCAGAGGGUCUCCAAAGAAGCGGAUGGACAUGCGUCUUUCCAGGACGUCCAGCAUGGAGCGGGGCAAGGAGAGGGAGGAGAUGUGGAGCUUUGACGGGGCCUCAGAGAACAAGCGGACUUCCGCCAAAGACUCGGAGGAGAACAAGGAGAAUCUGAUACUGAGCUCCGAGCUCAAGGAUGACUUGCUUCUGUAUCAGGAUGAGGAGGCACUCAAUGACUCCAUCAUCUCUGGAACUUUGCCAAGGAAAUGCAAGAAGGAGCUGCUGGCCGUGAAGCUGAGGAACCGGCCAAGCAAGCAGGAGCUAGAGGACCGGAACAUCUUCCCCAGGAGGACCGAUGAGGAGAGGCAGGAGAUCCGACAACAGAUAGAAAUGAAGCUCUCCAAAAGGCUGAGCCAGAGACCAGCCGUGGAGGAGCUGGAGAGGAGAAAUAUCCUGAAACAAAGGAAUGAUCAGACAGAGCAGGAAGAAAGGAGAGAAAUCAAGCAAAGAUUAACAAGAAAGCUUAAUCAGAGACCCACUGUUGAUGAACUGAGAGACAGAAAAAUUCUGAUCCGUUUCAGUGACUAUGUGGAAGUAGCAAGAGCACAGGACUAUGACAGGAGGGCAGACAAACCCUGGACAAGACUGUCAGCAGCAGAUAAGGCAGCAAUUCGUAAAGAAUUAAACGAGUAUAAAAGCAAUGAAAUGGAGGUCCACGCGUCCAGCAAGCACUUGACAAGUUUUCCAGCCAAAGAACCAGAAGCCUUUAUUGUACAUCACCAAGGGGGUUUUAUACCUAACCCAGACAGGUGGGCCAACAGGAUGGAGACCUCAUCGCCAGAUCCUUGGGUUAGGAGCAAGGCAAUGCGUACUCAGGAAGCAGAGUUGGUAAACAAUUCUGAGAGCACGGAACUUGCAAGUUUCUCAGAAACCCAGAACAACAAGGGCAAGAAAGGUCACCAACAAGGGAGAUACUCUAUUCCACCUUGA